CCGGUUCAAUUCCGAUGUUCCCAGCAUCUCGGGACGGUCUCAGUUCCUGCUCGGUUAUCGACGAGCGAGGGCGAAGUGUUCUGGACGCGGCGCGCGCCGAUUCCUUGUGAUGUGACACGAGCGGUGAUAUACAGCUGGAGAAGACAAUCAGCGGGAGUGUAAGAAGAGCCGAAGAGAUGCGGUCGAACACGGUUGUCACGCUGGCGCGUGUUUGUCUGUCGCUUCUGCUGAUGGUGAUCGUGGCGAAUGCGAGGAUUCACAAGCUGGAUAUACGGAAAGACAGAAGGCAUUACAUCACUCUGAGCACGUUCGGUUUCUACAAGGGUGGCAUUUUAACCGUAAAUCUCACGAAUUUCAAGUUCGAGCCAGCAGACGUAGACAAAAAACUGUCGCCAGAAAGUACUAACAAGGCCGUGUUCGGCUUCAGCUUGGGUAGAACGCUUAUCGAUGCUAUCAAUCCCUACGUGCAUAAUCAUCUGGAUGGAUGCCUGCUGCAAAAUGUUUCGACUCUCAGGACGGAACAGAAGGACGACAGUUCUAUUAUAUAUUUUACCAUGGACUUGAAGAAUCUAACGAUGCAAGUAAACUGCAGUCGCAAUGUACGAGCGGCACAUAUUUAUAAAGACUCCAGUACGGUGCUGAUGUAUCGAACAAAGAGGAGCUCGCUGUCGGCGAGAUUCAGCGAUACCGCGCUCUUCCCACGGAGAAAACGAAACGCAUCGCACGCGAUCGAGAAGUCCGUCGUGUUCAGCGAUGCCCCGAGACUCAGGUCAGAGAGCAACGCGUGUUCUCAUCUGAGAUUACCGAUGACGAUGGAGACAACAUCCAAAGGCGAAAGAUCGUACAAUACGAGUUUCGUCAUGUAUGUGGCGAGCGAGGAAGAGGAGGGCCUGUACAAUCUCUAUUUUCACAACUGUCAGAAUUAUGAUAAUUAUAUGGAACCGCUGCUCGUGGAUUUCACGAUGGAAAUAGCGGAGAUUAAUAACGACAACUUCCUCAGCGCCGGCGAGAUGCCCUUGCCGGCUUUGUACUUUACGAUGGCGCUGCUCUUCUUCUUAUCGGGCUGCUUCUGGGUGUUUAUUCUUAACAAAAGCAAGCAUUCUGUAUUCAAAAUCCACUAUUUAAUGGCGGUCCUGGUGUACCUGAAGUCUUUCUCAUUGUUAUUCCACGGUAUAAAUUACCACUUCAUCCAGACCAAGGGUGAACAUGUAGAGGCGUGGGCGAUUUUAUACUACAUUACUCAUCUCCUGAAAGGGGCCGUUCUCUUUAUUACUAUUGUACUUAUCGGCACGGGAUGGAACUUCAUAAAGCACAUUCUCACAGACAAGGAAAAGAAACUCUUUAUGCUGGUCAUACCGUUGCAGGUAUUGGCAAAUGUGGCUGAGAUAAUAAUCGAGGAGAGCGACGUAGGUAAUUUGCGUCGCGAGACCUCGCGGGACAUGUUUAUACUCGUUGAUUUGGUCUGUUGCGGAGCAAUUCUAUUUCCGGUUGUGUGGAGCAUCAGGCAUUUAGAAGAGGCUGCCCGCACGAGCGAUAAGGCGGCCAUGAACUUGCGAAAGCUCAUGCUAUUCAAGCAUUUUUACAUUAUGAUAGUUUUCUAUAUAUACUUCACCCGAAUUAUAAUGUACAUACUCAAGAUCACCGUACGCUUUGAUUAUCAAUGGUUGGACGAAACGUUUCGAGAAAUGGCGACCUACGCAUUCUUCGUCUUGACAGGUUACAAAUUUCGCCCAGCAUCCGCGAAUCCGUACUUCACGGUGCCGAGCGACGAAGUGGAGCCGGACGAGGACGACAAGGUCGACGUCGUUAUUUCCGGUGGUAACGGGAUCAAUCGGGACUUCAGUAAAGUGAGCAAGGUGCCGAGAGCGGUUAGAACCUCGAAGGUUCCAUCUACCGAGGAGGAAAGGCAUAAUCUCUUCCACAGUACGGAAUCUUCUCGCGAAUACGACUGAAAAUGAUGGAGAUAAAUUGUGAUAGAUCGCAUCACGUGACCAACGCGCCUGCGAAUCUUCGAGGCCACACUCUACGGAUUGAAGUGGCGAUUAUAUAAAAGCGUGAUGAAAAGAGAAAUCAAUGAGAGUGCGCGGCUCAAACUCAGCAACUUUUCUAUCUUCAGACUUGUUUUAUAUUCCUCGAAAGAAAAAAUACUGGUCCAUAUUCGCGAAUCACUGCGUCACUGCGUCGCGUACGCAAUAAUAGCGGCUGGAUAAAAUUUAUUUGUUUCAUUAAACAGUUGAUUUCUCGAUCUUCUCCCGCUUUCGUUGUCUACCAUUCAAUCCGAGACGUUAGUGAGACACUUCUUCCUUUUAUUUUUCUUUUCUCUUUAAUAAGAUAGAUAUUUUAAAGUAGGUAAUUACUCAUCUUUCUCUCUCUCUCUCUCUCUUAAUCACUUAAUGUUUCAUGUUACGGCUCCAACAUGAGAACGCGAGCAGACGACAAGUACGCGCGCUUUUUCUCGACGCGCUUCUUGUAGUCAAUUUUCCGUAGGCAUUUAGAGAAACAUUUCCAUUCUCUUCUUUCCCAUAACGCACGCUUGAUUACCUCGGUAUGAGAAUCUCAUUUUGCCGAUGGCGCGGGUACUUUUGUAUCGUACUUCGUAAUCUUACGUUUAGACAAGGACCGAACUGAACGGUGCAAUAAACUUAUCUAACAAUAUAUGUCCUCUCGCGAUAUAUUACACGAGAUAUUAUAAUACUAGAGUUAAUGGUACCAUUGAUAAUACUCAGUGACAGAUCUAUCGGUGAGCUAAGUUUAAGCAUUAGGACCAAGAAAUCCUCGGCGUACAGAUACAUGCGGAUAUGUAUCGGUUCUUAAGCUGUGAUGUGUUUUUAUUUUCUUUUUUUCCAAGUUCAAGAUUUAUGUUAAAAUAUAUUAUUUUCUUAAAUUAUUUUAUUUUAUUUUAUAUACAUAUAUAUAUAUAUAUGUAAAAUCCUUUUUUUAGAAAAGAGAAUUUUUAGAAAUAUUAGGUCGUCGAAAAUAUAUGUAGAUCCGCGACUGAUUAUUACUAUUUGGUACUUAUUAUUAUACAAGCGUUGUCGUUUCGCUGUCGUUACAUCUAGGGCCAUACUUACUUACAGCUGAAAGUUCCAAGAAAUGUUCGCGAAAGGUAAAUACGGUCCUAGUUACAUCUGUUACUACCAAUAACUGUAUCGUAUAUAUCAAACGGGACACGAACAAUUCAAAGAAUAAAGCGAAUAUUUUUAUGAAA